AUGUUCAGUCUCUUUUCAGAACAUAGACCAACUGCUGUCGGAAUAAGCAACGGAAAACGAUACGGAUGGGUAUGUCUACCCAAUCUGGAAACUCUGGAGAACUUUGUGCGUUCUGUACAUGGAUGGGAAGCUCAAGAUGGAAGUGUGUGGGAGGUUGUCUCGGAAUAUGAUCCUUUUGUAGUUCCUGCACGGGACUGGGAAGAGCUGAGACUGCAUCAAGAGGAAGAGUUACAGGCGGAGGAUGACGAGAAGCGAAUGCAAAGACGGCCUAAAACGAGAGCCAGAACGAUGGGAUAUGGCCUCUAUCCUUACCUAAACUAG